AUGGCUACUCUCAACAUUCGUCGGGACGUUACCGAUCCCUUCUACCGCUACAAGAUGGAGCGCUUGCAAUCCAAGAUUGAAGGCAAAGGCAACGGCAUCAAGACUGUUGUGGCCAACCUGCCAAGCGUUGCAGCAUCCUUGGCCCGUCCUCCUUCCUAUGUUAUCAAGUACUUCGGUUUCGAGCUGGGUGCGCAAACCAACACCAACCCAAAGGACGACCGUUGGAUCAUCAACGGAGCCCAUGAGGCGUCCAAGUUGCAAGACUCGCUGGAUGGCUUCAUCUCCAGGUUCGUCCUCUGCAAGUCCUGCAAGAACCCCGAGACCGAGAUCAACCUCAAGGAUGGACGCAUUCUGUUGGACUGCAAGGCCUGCGGCCAACGUACCCAGGUCGACCUGCGACACAAGCUGAGUGGAUUCAUUCUCAAGAACGAACCGAAGGGCGGAAAGAAGACCAAGAAGGAAAAGAUGACUCGUCGCGAUCGAGCCAAGGCCGAAGCCCAAGAGAACGGCUCCGUGAAUGGCGGCAGCCCUCACGACUCCAACUCUGACAAAGGUGAUGCCGAUGGCGACGAGGGUGUCGUGGAGCUCGAGGCUGGUAGCGAUGACGAGUUUACCAGACAGAUCACCGAGGGUGCCAAGGGGAUUGAGUCCAAGGCCGAUAGAGAACCUAAGGAUGACGAGUGGACAGUCGACACUUCCGCCGAGGCUGUGGCUGCUCGUGCCAAAGAACUCCCGACUGACCUGAAGAGCUCUCUUGCCUUCGACGACGAUGAAGAGGGCGAGGAGAACGGCCACAACGUCUACGACCAGCUUGGAACCUGGCUCAUCGACGAGACCAAGGCUAAAGGCACUGUGACCAAGGUGGACGAUCUCGAAAUCUACAAAAAGGCCAAAGAUUUGGGCAUCGAGAACAAGCACAAGACCUUGACUGUGCUGGCCCAGACUCUCUUCGACGACAACAUCAUAAAGCAGAAGCAAAUCGAGAAGCGUGCCAGCAUGCUCAAGACCAUGAUCGGCGAGUCUGAGAAGCACAUGAAGGCUUUCCUCGGCGGUACCGAGCGCUUUGUCGGCAACGAUCACUCCGACCUGAUCCCUCUGGUCCCUGCCAUCCUCAUGGCUUACUACCAGAACGACCUGGUGAGCGAGGAGGUUGCGAAGGUCUGGGGUCAAAAGGCCAGCAAGAAAUAUGUCGACAUUGGCACCAGCCGCAAAGUCCGUAAAGCUGCCGAGAAGUUCCUGCAGUGGCUGGACGAGGCCGAGAGCGACGAAGAGAGCGAUGACGAGUAG